AUGUCUAUGUUUUUCAAUCAAUUCAGUAAUCAAGAACUUGAUCCUGAAAAAAUAAAAUUAGCAGAAAUCCAAUUCAGCGCAAUGAACACGACAUUCAACACUAUAUUGAAGUCUUGUUUAGAGAAAUGUAUAUCACAUGAAGGAUAUAGUGAAGCUGAACUGAAUAAAGGUGAAAUGACAUGUAUUGAUAGAUGCGUUGCCAAGAUGCACUUCUCUAAUAGACUAAUUGGUGGAUUUGUACAGACUAAAGGGUUUACGCCAGAAAGAUAUUUAGAGCAUUAUCGAAGAUUCAAAGAAGAAGAUGCUUAA